AUGUCGAGCAUCGAAGAGGAAACGGAGAGCUUGCAAGCCUCCGAGUCCCAGUUCGGAGAGGAUAUCGAGCUGCCCAUCAUCCAGCUCUGCGGCCUGGUGGAGGAGCUCAGCUAUGGAAACUCUUCUCUCAAAGUCGAGACUGUGAUGUUUGAAAAAUAUUACAAUAAGCUGGAGCCUCGGGACCAGCGCUUCUCUCGCUUGUCUGAUUUUAAAGCAAUGGAUUUUUCACAGUAUAGGGGGGGCAGACGGAAAUCCAAAUCCCGGAUGCCCUCUGAUCGCCUAAUAUUCCUCUCAGUGGAUCAGAAAUGUGAACUGGCCCUGCGGGAACUGGAAGACAUCAAAGAAGAAAUGAGGCAACUGAGGGCAAAUUCUGAGCGAGAACUUCAGCGGCACGAGGCUAUCUUAGAAGAGGCCGAUAUCCGAUGGGCUGAAAUCAAGAAGUCUGCGCAGGACUUUGAGAAAGAGAUUGUGAAUACGAUAUCCAAGAAACGGGGCAGCGCCGUGGCCACUCAGAGGGUGCUGAAGUAUGUGGAGGACCGCAAUAUGCGCAGGGAUGCUCUCAGGGAUAAACUACGUUUGAAAAAUCUUUCUCUCAAAGUCCAGAAGAAAAAAAUCCUGUUGCAGCUGAAACAGAAAGAAGAGGUUGGAGAAACACUCCAUGAUGUAGAUUUUCAGCAGCUGAAGAUUGAGAAUGUUCAAUUUCUAGAGAGUAUUGAUCAACGGAAUCGGGAACUGAUACAGCUCAAACUGACAGCAGGAAAUGCUCUCCAUUCACUCAAUUUAUUCAAAGCAAAGCUUCACCGGGCAUUAGCGACAACUCACCAUAUGGGAAAAGAGAUUAUCCUAAGAAAAGAUUUGUUAGAGAAAAUUGAAAAGGAAACCUUGCAAGUUGAAGAGGACAGAGCCAAAGCAGAAGCUAUGAAUAAGAAAUUAAGGAAGCAGUUAACAACUUACAAAGUGCCCCAUGUAAUGAUGUAUGUCCACGAGAAGGUCACCAACUAUGAGCUGGAAAAAAGCAUCAAGACGUGGGAGAGGAAAGUAGAAAUCGCAGAGAUGUGUCUAAGAAGCUACCGGAAGGCUUGGAAUAAGGUCAAGAUGGCCAGUAACCUUUUGGAGACGAGCGCCGGGCUCUAG